CACUUUGGUACUUUCUGGAUCUUCAUGAUAAGGUAGACACAACCUGUAAUUUCUUGCUAGUUUUCUUGUUCAUUUUUCUUUAUCAAAGGUAAAAUGUUCAGACCUGGGGUUAAUCUGGAGUCUGGGAAACAUACAUCAGAGCCAGGAGCUUAAAAAUGGGCCAGAAAUAGAGAAUGGAUGGAGGAAAUUCUAACAGAAGACGGACAGAAACUAAUUUGGGGUAGUGUAGACUUAGGUUGUGUGUUCUCCAACCAACGAUGGUGAAGAGGAGCUCCCCUCACUUUAUGGAGACCCUGCUGGUUUGGAAAGUUCAUUGUUCGACACCAUGGAUCUCCAGGUUUAGAUGUUUAUUUGGCUACUUGGCUACUGAUUAGAGAACACAAAAUGAAUAACUCAACAAACUCCUCUAACAAUGGCCUGGCUCUGACCAGUCCUUAUAAGACAUUUGAAGUGGUGUUUAUUGUCCUUGUGGCUGGAUCCCUCAGCUUGGUGACCAUUAUUGGGAACAUACUGGUCAUGGUCUCCAUUAAAGUCAACCGCCACCUCCAGACCGUCAACAAUUACUUUUUGUUCAGCUUGGCCUGUGCUGACCUCAUCAUCGGUGUUUUCUCCAUGAACUUGUAUACCCUCUACACUGUGAUUGGCUACUGGCCUUUGGGACCUGUGGUGUGUGACCUUUGGCUAGCCCUGGACUAUGUGGUCAGCAAUGCCUCCGUGAUGAAUCUGCUCAUUAUCAGCUUUGACAGGUACUUCUGUGUCACAAAACCGCUCACCUACCCUGUCAAGCGGACCACGAAAAUGGCAGGUAUGAUGAUUGCAGCUGCCUGGGUCCUGUCCUUCAUCCUCUGGGCUCCAGCGAUUCUCUUCUGGCAGUUCAUUGUGGGGGUGAGAACUGUGAAGGAUGGGGAAUGCUACAUCCAGUUUUUUUCCAACGCUGCUGUCACCUUCGGUACUGCCAUUGCAGCCUUCUACUUGCCAGUGAUCAUCAUGACCGUGUUAUACUGGCACAUAUCCCGAGCCAGUAAGAGCAGGAUAAAGAAGGACAAGAAGGAGCCUGCGGCCAACCAAGACCCAGUGUCUCCAAGUCUGAUCCAAGGACGGAUAGUGAAGCCAAACAACAACAACAUGCCUGGCAGUGAUGACGGCCUGGAACACAACAAAAUGCAGAAUGGCAAAGCCCCCAGAGAUGCUGUGACUGAAAACUGUGUCCAGGCGGAGGAGAAAGAAAGCUCCAAUGAUUCCACCUCCGUCAGUGCUGUCGCCUCUAACAUGAGAGAUGAUGAAAUCACCCAGGAUGAAAACACAGUUUCUACUUCCCUGGGCUAUUCCAAAGAUGAGAACUCUAAGCAAACAUGUAUCAAAAUUGUCACCAAGACCCAAAAGGGUGACUCGUGCGCCCCGAUUAAUACCACCGUGGAGCUGGUUGGUUCUUCAGGUCAGAAUGGAGAUGAAAAACAAAACACGGUCGCUCGAAAGAUCGUGAAGAUGACUAAGCAGCCUGCAAAGAAGAAGCCUCCUCCUUCCCGGGAAAAGAAAGUGACCAGGACAAUCUUGGCUAUUCUGUUGGCUUUCAUCAUCACUUGGGCCCCCUACAACGUCAUGGUGCUUAUCAACACCUUCUGUGCACCCUGCAUCCCCAACACAGUGUGGACAAUUGGUUACUGGCUUUGCUACAUCAACAGCACUAUCAACCCUGCCUGCUAUGCCCUUUGCAAUGCCACCUUCAAGAAGACCUUUAAACACCUUCUCAUGUGUCAUUACAAGAACAUAGGCGCAACGAGGAAUAAAUUGUGUGGAAGGAGCAUCAAGCCAAUAGAGUGUUUGGUUCCCUGUAAACAAAACAAUUGACUGGCUGAAUGUUUCACUUACUAACUUGCACUAUUAUGAUGUAGAUUCAGCUUUAGUGGAAUGAACUCUUUGGAUCCAAGGAUUGAGGAUUCCAGAUUCUGGUCUCUUGUAUGCAACAAUCCUACUCACUUUAAGUCAAAUUGCCUGUUACUCGCCAUUGUCAUCGCACCCUUCCCUUUGUUCCUUUUAUUUUUGGUCUUCGCCACCUGUUAUUGAAAGAGAGAGCAUCAAGGAUUAAAGAAAAGAACUGAAGAUAGACUGAAACAUCUUGGAAGUUUUGUCGACCGGAAUAAAAAAAAUGGAAAGAAUACUGAAAAUGGUAGAUGCUUAGACAGAUAUAGAGACUGUAUUCAAAGGUUUGCAUUAACUACUGCUGGAUUUGUCUAUUUCAGUGGCUUUCAACUGGGGAUCAAGCCAACUUUGCCCCCCUCACAGGGGACAUUUAAUAAUGUAAGGAGUCAUUUUUUGUUGUCACAACUUGGGGAAGGGCUAUUGGCAUCUAGUGGAUAGAGGCCAGGGAUGCCACUAAACAGCUUACACAGGAUAGCCCCAUCCACCUGCCCCGACUAAAAAUUAUGUGGCUCAAAAUGUCAAUAGUGCAGAAGUUGAGAAACCCUGGUCUGUUUCAAGGGAUUCUAGAGCUUGCUUUGUAUAAGUGGGAAAAUAAUCCUGUAUCACUAUUAGAAUAUCAAUGCAAAUUGCUCACCUGUUUGAAAAAGGUAAUGCUCACCAAUCGUGAUUCAGACACACUAUCAUCCACUGAGUCUGGUGUAUUUGUAGUUUAUACAUUGGGAACACAGGCCGCAUGUACAUAUCCAGAAUCAUCAGACCAGGCACAUAACACAUUGUUUCCAACAUCUUAGUGCCUGAUUAGGUUGCCACAGAAUCCAGUCAAUUGAGGUUUCAGUAGUUGGCCAUUAAAAUGGUUGCAUUGAUGUAGUCAGUUUCUAUUGGAGCUAACAUUUGUCCUUUCAAAAACAUUAAGAGCCUCUUUCAGAAGCAGUAUGAUUCAUCUCCUUUGUUUUCACUGGAAAGGUGAAUAUCUGUCAAGAAUUUCUUCUCGUAGCAAUAAUGUAAAUAUCACAGAGUGGUCUUAUAAGAAGAGGAGAUUAAAUAUGUGAAAAGGCCAGGUCAUUUCUUGGGGGA